CCCCAGAAGAGGUAUGUCCUAUUAAAAUCGUGGAAUCGCUCGACCAAUCAAAUUUCUUCGUUGGGACCACCGCUGUCACCGCAGCCAAUCGCGUGUCGGGAAACAGAGCUCGGGCUCAACAGCUUGUUGUUCGUGAAUCGCUUUGCAGCCCGAGAGAGGGGAAGCAGCCGCGGCCGCGUAUUGAUCCACAGUCUUUCGAGCUGGACUCCCUCGAAUAGCCGUAAAGAUGAAGGCAGCAGACGAGCCUGCCUACCUGACGGUGGGGACGGAUGUCAGUGCCAAGUACAGAGGAGCCUUCUGCGAGGCUAAAAUCAAGACUGUGAAACGCAUGGUGAAGGUCAAGGUGACUCUGAAAGGUGAAAGUACGUCCCAGGUGGUGCAGGACGACCAGGUUAAAGGACCCCUGAGGGUGGGCUCCACUGUGGAGGUGAAGACUAACGAGGGUUUAUCCAGCGAGGCCGUCAUCAGUAAGCUGACAGACGCCAGUCUCUACACUGUGGUGUUUGAUGACGGAGAUGAGAAGACUCUCCGUCGUACGUCUCUGUGUCUAAAGGGAGAGAGACAUUUUGCAGAGAGUGAGACGUUGGACCAGCUGCCGUUGACCAACCCGGAGCAUUUCGGCACUCCGGUCAUCGGCAAGAAGUCAAACCGUGGUGGACGGCGUUCAUCCCAGGCUGUGGCUGACGAGGAGAAUGAGUCUACAUCCAGUGAAGAUGAGGAGGAGGACAGGCGGAGGCUGAAUGAUGAGCUGCUGGGGAAAGUGUGCAGCAUUGAGAACGAGGAGGAGCCCAGCAGCUGGUACCUGGCUCUGGUGGUGUCUCCAAGCUGUAACGACGAGCUGGUGGUGAAGAAGGAUCAGUGUCUGGUCAGAUCAUUCAGCGACUCCAAGUUCCACACGGUGGCGAGGAGACACGUCCACGCCGUCAACUCCAUCAGCAUUGCCAGGUCUGAGUUCUCCAACAGGAGAGGUUUUGAAGCAGCCCAGAUAUUCCUGAGGAGCCGGGAGGUUCCAGAUCUGUGGAAGAUGGACAUGAGUCAGAUCCUGGACUCGUCCUCCAGUGACGAUGAGGACGAUGAAGAAGAGAAGGAGAGUGAUGACGAGGAGGAGGACGAAGAGGAGAGCAAAAAGAAGAAACACAUAAAGGAUGAGCCGGAAGAGGAACCAGACCCAGAGGAGAGAGACCACUUCCUGCAGCAGCUCUACAAGUUCAUGGAGGACAGAGGGACUCCCAUCAACAAACCACCAGUGUUGGGUUAUAAAGACCUGAACCUCUUUAAGCUCUUCAGACUUGUCUAUCACCUGGGAGGCUGCCACAAGAUUGAGUCUGGGACAGUGUGGAAGCAGGUCUACAUGGAUCUGGGGAUCCCCGUUCUGAACUCUGCUGCAUCCUAUAACGUCAAGACGGCCUACAGGAAGUACCUGUAUGGUUUUGAGGAGUACUGCCGCUCCGCCUCCAUCACAUUCAGGACCAUCCAUCACAACAACCCCCGCCCUCCCACCAUACCAGCCAAUGAGACUGCAGGGGUGGAGCUUAAAGAGCCCUCCACGCCACCGGUGAAGGCGGAACCUGUGGAUGACAAGAGGGAGGAAGUAGAGUCAGAGAGUGAGAGCGAGAAGGAGGAGGUCAAGGAGAGGCAGUUGUCACCGAGGGGGAGGAGGAGGUGUGUGGGGAGUCAGGUGAAGGCAGAGAGAGAGUUGUCCUCCAGACCAGAGAAAAGAGGAGGAGGAGGAGGAGGAGGAGGAGGAGAGAACAGUGAGGAGCAGAGGGACGUGAGGAGACGCAGCAACAGAAGAAUGGACGACUCGGAGAAAGGCUCUGAGGAAGAGGAGGAGGAGGACGACGAUGAAGAGGAGGAGGAGGGGGAGAGGAGGAGAGGAGACAGGAGUGAGGAUGAGGAGGAUGGAGACUCUGUCACGGGGACGAAGGUCAGGGUGAAGUACGGCAGAGGAAAGACUCAGAAGAUCUACGAGGCUCACAUCAAGAAGACGGACAUAGACAACGGAGAACAGUUCUACCUGGUUCACUACUACGGCUGGAACGUCAGGUACGAUGAGUGGGUGAAGGCCGACAGAAUCAUCUGGCCCAUGGAGAAAGGAACAAAGAAGAGGCAGAGGAAGAAGGUUAAGAGCAAAGACGAGGUGGAGAAAGAGAGAGAUAAAGAUGAAGAGAAGCCGGCGUUGAAGCCAACGGGAGCGAAGCGUGGUCGUCCUCAGAUCAGAACCACACCAACCGGCUCGGCCGGCCGCAGCGUCUCCAAAACACCGAGCAACGAGGGACGAUCCAACGGCAAGGGCAGCAGGACGGAGAUAUCGUCCAACAUGGCCAAUGGAGACAACACUCCUCGCAGGAGAACCAGGAGAAUGUCGGGCGUGUACGACUCAGACAGAGGGUCCAACGAGGAUUCUGGGAACUCAUCAGACGACAGCGAAUCAGAAGACCCCCCUGAUAAAAAGCCGUUGCCAUGGCGAGGGAGGACUGAAGCCCCACACUGCCAGGAGGAGGAGGAGGAGGAGGAGGAGGAGGAGGAACCGGAGGAGGUGAAGGAGGAGGAGGAGACGAGCGAGGUCGCUAACAUCGCGACACCUGCCCACAACUCUGCCGCCACGGAAACGACAAGUCAGCCGCCUGCUGCUGCCGCGCCGCCGUGUCCCAGCAUACCUCAGGAGAAAGCUGACAAAAUGCUGAGCCAAUCAGAGAAGGAGGAGGCGGAGCUGGGGGAGGAGCCCGCAGAAGAAUCUGCCGUGGUGCCCGUUCACCUGGAUAAGGAGAACAAAUCGUCUCCGGUGCAGAAAACGACAUCUCCUGGACAGGAAGCGCUUGCCAAAAUGUCUCCCAGCAGGACGUCUCCUUCCCCCGACAAGAUCAACAAAAUGUCUCCUGCUGCUGCAGAUAAACACAAGAUGUCUCCUGAGAAGCAGCAGCAGCAGCAGCAGCAGCAGCAGCAGCAGCAGGUGUCCUCCCCUUUACCUCCUGCAGAGGAGGAGGACAGGUGCACUCCUCUGUCCUCCCCCAGGCUCAAAGGUCGCAGGGCAAACCUCAGGGAGACGGGCUCUGAAACUCCGCCCAGAAUCCCCCUCUGCACGCCCAGCCCCAACCCCACCCCUGCCCCCGCCGCCAGCCCCUCCCACUCGGCGGCACUGUCGUCUCCUCCUCGCGGUGUCCUAAAGAGACAGGACGAGCCCAUGGUGGUCCUUCGCUGCCUCCCCACCGAGCACCUCCCUCCUGAGUCUACCGCAGUGGACUCCGACACCGACUCUGCCACUGAGGAGGAGCAGGAGGAGGAGCAGGAGCAGGAGCAGGAGGAGGAGGAGGAGGAGGAGGAGGAAGAACAAGAAGAGGAGGAGGAGGAGGAGGAAGAGGAAGAAGAGGAGGAGGCUGGGUUACCUGAGGUGAGGUGCAGCUUGGCACUCAAACGAAAAGCAGCAGAGCAGAGAGCAGCGGACAAGAAGCUCCGCCCCGACAAGAGGCAGGAGGAGGCCACCUCCCCCAAAACUCCCGUCCCCAUACCCAAGACAGCAGCCGGAGCUUCCCCCAAAACCCUCCCCUCACCGCUCCGCCCAGAGAGGAGGAGUGAGGGGGUGAUGAAGACAGAAGACUGGCCCUGUCCAGCAGAUGAGACGCAGAGGGAGGUGUCAGUGGAGCAUUUGACAGGUGGAGCCACGAAGGAGCCAGAAGUGCAUGCUGGGACCCCUCCCCUUGCUCCGGAGGCUCAGGGCCCCUCCCCCGCGGAGGAGCUGGAGCCGCAGAUCGGCCCUGAGGCGCUGGUCUGCCAUGAGGUGGACCUGGAUGACCCCGACGAGAAGGAGAAGCCCGUCUCCUCCUCAGAGCACCUCCUUCUGCUGAUGAGGGAGCAGCAACAAGCUCCGCCCCCGCUGCCUCUCCACCUCCACGCCUCCCUCCCCUCCCCCCACACCCCUCACCUCCCCCAGGCUCAGGUGAGGCCCUUCCUCCUGGCCGCCGCUCCCAGCUCCACCCCCUGCCCCGAGGAGCUCCACCCGACGAGGAGCGCUGCCGAGGAGGAGAGAGGAGCAGCGAGCGGGGAGCACGAGGGAGACUCCAGUCCUGGGUUUGAUGGCAGCGCCUCCUCCUCCUCCACCUCCCUGCUGUCACUGCAGGAGAACAAGGACAGAGGUCAGAAGAGGGUGAUGGACUGUAACUCCAGCCCGUCGGCCAAAAAGCAGAAACGCAACCAGAAACGACCAAACACGCCGGGGAAGGUGGAGAAGAACGGAGCAGGCCACAGCAGUGACAGCGAGGACCAGUCUCGUCUGUCGUCUCUGUCUAAGUCUCAGAAGACUCGCUGUCCUGGUUUGUCGUCUCCGUCUUCUCACAGUAAAGACAAACAGAACUUCCCCUCCCCUCAACGCACAUACAAGUGGACCUUCCAGCUCGAUGAGUUGGACAGCAUGUCGAGCACAGAAAGGAUCUCCUUCCUGCAGGAGAAGCUGCAGGAGAUCAGGAAGUACUACAUGACGCUGAAAUCAGAGGUCGCCUCCAUCGACAGACGCAGGAAGAGACUAAAAAAGAAGGAGAGAGAAGUGUCGAACACGACGGCGUCGACCUCGUCGGGCUCCUCAGACACAGGUAUGAGUCCGUCCUCGGCCUCGCCCACUCAGAACACGGUCGCCGUGGAGUGCAGGUGAUGACACGCCCACCCAGGCCCCGCCCGCCCACCUCCUUCCGCUCGACCCCGCCCCCUCCAGCCGCUGACUCCGCCCGCUCCGCCAGCUCUAAGGGCACGAUGGGAAAAAAAGUUUAAACCUCCCUCCAGGUGAGAGUUCGUCGACUGAGGCGGUGGCUAAAGGGAACACGCGUCACUCCUCUAAAUAUGGCCGUGGGUGGGGGGGGGUUGCUCCCACCUGACCUUAGCUGCAUCCCCUCACCUAUGGACUUACUUCCUGUUCAAGGGGACGAACGUGACAGAAAAAUCAGCUCACCAUCUGUUCAGCCGCCACAGAGCACUUCUCUUUUCACCUCCUCCCUCCCUCCCUCCCUCCGGUGCGUCCUCAGUACUUCUGCUCAGUGUCUGCUAAUUUCAUAAUAAAGUGGGGGGGUGUCAGAGGUCACCUGUGUUGAGUGUUUCCAGCAGCAGCACAGCUCAUUAUGCAAAUUAUUUUCUGUCUUUUUUUGAAUUUUUUUAAGAAAACAGAAAAUAUUAUUUAGAAAAAAAAAAAAAAAGGUUUCCCAACUUCCUGCUGUGAGUGUUUUUUGGUCUUUUUAUA